AUGGACAUCAAUCAUCUAGUUCGUCGAAAGAUCCAAGUGAUUGGUUCAUAUGGAGGAAGGGCAAUGCAAGAUCUUCCAAAGCUGGUAAGGCCUGAGGGUGUGGUGUCUGUUGUUAAGUCGAGUGUUGAGGUGGAGCCUGAGGUGGUUCAGGAGCCAGAUACAGUUGUCGAGCCUGAGGUGGAGUUGCCUGUUGUUAAGUCGACUACUGAUGUGGAGGUGGAGUCAGAGCCAGUUGUCGAGCUUGAUGUUGAGGUCUCUGUUGUUAAGCCGAGUGCUGAGGUGGAGGUGGAGUCUGGUGUCGCUACUGAGGUGGAGCUAGAGUCGAUUGUCGAGCAUGAGGUGGAGGUGUCUGUUGUUAAGUUGAGUACUGAUGUGGGUGUGCCUGUUGUUGAUCCGGAGGUUCAGGAGGUGCCUAUUGUUGAUCCGGAGGUUCAGCAUACAGAGUCCAUUUUUUAUCAAGUGAAUGUGAUGCAGAUUGCUCUCCAGACCAUUGCUGCUGCUGAAGAGAGUAUAGAGACAUCCCCGACUACGAUACCUUUCGAGGAUACUGCUACUGUGUUCGAUCCUUCUACUGAGGUUUCGACGCAAGGAGAAGCAGCAUCAUCAUAG